AUGUUCUCUUCCCUCUCCAGCUGUGUCCAAGUGGAAGAGCACCAUGCCGUGGACAUCGAUGUUUACCACUGUCCUAAAUGUGAUGUCCAACACGGACCCUCCUUGAGUAAGUACCACACCACCACACACUCUCUCUCUGCAUUACUCAGCACGGUUAUUUAAUACUUGACUCUCCAUUAGACGUCUACUCUCUCUCUUUAUGCUCUAAAGUGGGUCUGGCCACAUUAUUAGGGUAAUUGAAUGAUGGUGUAAUCAUCAAAUUGAGAUUGAAGAUGGCCCUCGUUCGGCUGGAUAUUACGUGGGCUUUAUGGGAUUUUGAAAUGAUUUAUAAAGACGAUCCAUAAUUCAAGGCUUCCAUGUUCCUCAGACACUCGGGUAGCUACCCCUGCAAACUCUGUGCAGUAUCUGCUCUGUUUGAUCAAUGACUCUGACGGUUGAGAAGUUUUACAACUCGUUGUCUUGUUUUCCCAGUGAAAAAACGUAACAACUGGCACCGACACGACUACACAGAGCCUGACGAUUGCAGCAGGCCGGUGCAGGCGGGGACCUCUGUGUUUGUACGAGAGCUGCAGAACAGAACCUUUCCCAGGUACUGAAGGAGCCAAGAUACCACCCAGCAGACCAAGCCACAGAUGUGUGCACACAUCACAUCACCACACAUCACACACAGCAGUGGGCCCCAGGUUCACACCCCGAACUGAAAACCAGUGUGUUGCUGAUGUGGUCUGGGCAUUGCUUUACUUAGCCAACAUCAACUGGGCUUCUGCCUUUUUGUGACAUAUUGUGAAUACAAACUCAGCUCCUUCAAACAAAUCCUUAAGCAGUGCAAUGGUGCUCACUGGGACAGCUCUAUUAGAUGAAGCAGGUAGAAGGAAACUGGUGAAGUGAUAAACUCAUAAUCUGUGGUCCAUACAUGAAGGAUGUUUGGUCAACCACGUUCCAGGAAUGCAUCUUCUAAAAUGAGUUGAGGUAGAUGACCAAUAACGUAAUAUAAAUGCCCCUCUUUCCUUUGUUGCAGUGCGGAUGAAAUCAUGGUGCAGAUGCAGGGCCAUCAGGUAACACAGAAGUACCUGGAGAAGCAGGGCUUCCGCUACCCUAUCACCGUUCCCAAACUGGAUGGACUAGGUCUCAAGCUGCCUCCCUCCAGCUUCUCUGUAAGGGAUGUGGAGGACUACGUUGGUAAGAGGAUAACUUUUUUUUUUUAAAUUCACUACUUUCUGGCCUCUAUUUUCGACUGGCGUUAAGGCAGCGCUAGUGUCACACACGCUCAUUGUCAAUUUUAACUUAUGAAAGCCAGCGCUCUGCUUUUUCCCAACCUUUGCAUCAGGGUUGUUAAUUUACCUGUCUAACAUCAGCUUGCUUGCGCUGAGGUAGGAGGUGUGGAAAUCUGAGGCGUCCUUCAAAACGUGCACCAAUAUGCCAAUUUCAGUCAGUGCAACUAGAGAUAUUUAAGACCGGCCAAAAGCUGGUCUUAGUGGUAAGGCGCACAGUAGCCUUAUCGGAAAUGUCACGAUCAGCAAAAGAGUUAAUGAAAUCCCCCAUUUUUAUUUAUACUGGACAUUAUUUUUGUCCAGAUUCUGUGAAAAGUGUGGACUCAUUAUGUGUGAUGCCCAUUGCAUGAAAGGUGUCAGUGACUGUAGGAAGCCUGUUUAGGAACAUCAAGUUAUUUAAAAAGGCUGCUGUGAAAAAAUGCAUCUUCCACUUUCCUUUGUUGGACCUAACUGUCAAAUCGCGGGAAUUCCUAUCGAGCCCUUGGCCUUAGGCCUACGUGUGCCUGUUCAUGGAAUGAGAGAUGCGAUUUAUGAUAUCAUGAUUCUGACCCCAUCUUAUUUAGAAAUAUUGUCGUUUAAAAAAAACGAAUUGCUUGUUUUAGUUUAAUUUGAUUAAAAACCAAACUUAUUAGAAUUAUUCACUGUCCAUGGCUUUAUUAUUAGAAUGCAUGGCUCGCAUACAAUGCAAUUUAGAAGCCGUCUGCUAUGUUUGGAGUGGAGAGGUGCGAAUAUGAUCUGUAACAUGGUUCCAUGAUGUUUAUAAAACAUUAUAAUUGGGAGCAGUAUAAUGGUAAGUGGACAUUCCCCCUUUCUCUUUAUAUUGGAUCUUUUUCCAGCUCUUUUGAAAAGUUUUGAUAUGCGUAAAACCCUCCAUAGUCUACAUUGUCUUAAUAUUAUAUGCCCACGGGAGCAAUUAUGGUGCCUGUAACUGUAUUUAGACAUAUUUAGACAAUUUUAUUUAAAACAAGUUGUUUCGUUUUAUUAGAAUUUGAUUCAAAUUAUUCACUGUCUUUUUAGGUCUUAUUUCAUCUAAUUUAAUAGAAUGUAAUAUUUCUUAACGUUUGGCAUAGCUCAGACAUAAUGCAAUUUACAGUAGGCCUAUGUCCAUGUGAAUGCUAUGUUUAAAAAUAUAUAUUUUCGUAUUGAAAUCAUGCAAUUAGCCUACUUAGAACAAUGUGGAUUGCAAACAUGUUCAACCUAUUUAGCAAAUAUGGGAUAGGCCUACAUUUUGUUUCUCUAGGCUAUUUAUAACGGUCUAACGUUCUAAUUGGAGUUGAUAUAAAAAGACCGUAAAUACACAACUUGAAGCAACCAGAUAUUUAGCCAUGAAGCAUGUUCUCAUUGGCCAGUGAAGGGCCAAGCCUCGACACACCUGCAACUAAUUUAUUCAUCAAAACCCAGCCCUUUCGUGCCACCGCCAGCUAUUGCGCCCAUAAUUCCUGCUGUGAAAAUAGCUAAAAUAUUUCUGAUACACCCCAGAACCUAUAGCACUACCGCCAGCGCUAAGAUUUACCAUUGCGUUAGGUUUGUUAAAAUGGAGCCCUCUCCCACCGAUUGUGCUGUUUUGGUGCCUUUGUUUGGUUUGUGUACAUUUACUGUGCCAUAUUUAUUUUCAAAACAGCCCCAUUUUCAAAAUAAUUGGGUCAGUGUGCUAAUGUUCUGUUUCUAUGAACACAAGCUCUCUAGAAUUUCUGGAUCAUGUACUGCUGAGUGGGAUGUUUAAUCAAACGUGUUUGUUAAUGAGAUGCUAGCUGAGCAUCUUGUCAAGGGUUUAAAUAUUAAUCCUACGUGCUUGCCGUGUAACGUGUCUGUACAUUACUGUAACUUAAUGUGCCUCUGGACCAUCUCAGGUAACAGAGCUGAGAGGUUCACUGGGUCCACCUUUUUACAUGUUACAUUAAUCCACCAAUAAUUUUUUUUUGCAGACGCUCUUAUCUAGAGCGACUUACAGUAGUGAGUGCAUACAGUUUUUCAUAUAUUUCAAUAAUGAAAUAAGUGUGUAGCUAAAAGUGGGUUAGCUUUCCGAGCACCGUGGCUCAUCACCUCUCUCCACUAUUGAGAGUCUGGUACUUAUGAGAUCCCCUUACAUCCCAGUACAUUAUCAGACAUCUCAGGUUUGUGUCCGGCUAAGUUUAUUUUAGGUUCAAAUUACAUUCACUCUGCUCCUUCAGUCUACUGCACACACACAGAAAGAGUGGAGACAAAACCAUCUCACUUUUGCGGCUAACCUGAGAAUUUGUCCCUGUGACCAGUGUAUCAUAUUAGCAUAACCAGAAGACUACUAAAGUGAAGCACUGGCCAUUUGUUUCUCUUAGCAUGGGAUUUGUGUCUCAAGGUUUUUUCUUUCAUGUCCAUAGUCCGGGUGUAAUAUUGGAACUGUAGAUAUUAGAAAGGGUUAAUGGUAUGGUCUUCCUUUGGGGAAAUCAGGCUCCAAAUCUGAUCUCACAUCUGUGUCAGAGACCAAGUCAUUCUGCCCACUGCUCUGUUUCUGAGCAGCAUGUUAUUUGUCACUGGCAGAAGCACACAGUCUUCUUUGGUGACUAGUCACACUCCAUUCUCACAGUGAUAUGUUGUGGUUUUCAUGGCUCUAGAACUCCUAAAAGCUCCUUGGAUUAGGCUUAAGCCUGUGGAGUUAUCAGUCUAGGUUGAUGUGUCAACCUGACAAUGAAAUUCAAAUGGUUUGUUUAAUGAAUAACCUUAUUCAUGUGUGGGUCUCUUUUGGGGGUUUAUUAGUUGGAAAAUAUUCUUUAACAUUGUUGAUAUUCACAUUAAUGUUUAAAUGGCCAGUGCUUAACCAAGCAUUCACCACAGGCCAGCUGCCCAGCUAAUCCAUUUACCUCACUUGGCACUCUGCCUGCUAGACUCAGCAGGGACCUGUAAGUUAAUUGUAUUGAACGAUAUGUGUUUUCCAUGGCCAUUUCUCCAUUUACCCUAAUGGCAAACCUGUAAAGUGUAUUUUGUCCUUUUGGAACAUUGUUUUAACAUCACACUUUCCAAGUACCUCAGACCUGGGACUAGCAACGCCCUGUCUAUUCUCCAGGAAACCUGUGCUCCUAGUCCCUAACUGUGUCACUGGAUGGAAAGAUUGAUGAAGGGACAUAAUUGCUAAUAUGAGGACCAUAAAUAUUCGCACAGGACAUUGGUGGCUGGAGAGAGUUAUUGCCCCCACUUGUCGUUGGUUGUACUACGCCCAGGCAGCUCCCCUCCCGAUCUGUACACUAGUGUUCCCCUGGCUGUUCUGUGUAUGUGAGGCUGCUCUGCCUCCAGCGGUGGCCAGCAGGGCCAAACAGGGCUAUCCUUGCACAACCACCAGCUGUCCUGUCAUGCCCUCCGUUAACUGCAUGUCUGUUCACAGCUCCCCCUUCUGCCAUUUUUUAUUUGCAAUUUGCCAGCUGUACACGGGUGGCGUUAUCUACACACAUGAAAGACAUUAGCCAACCCUUAGCCUCCUCUUCUCCGGCUCCUCCUGCUUCCAUCAUUGGGAGUACAGUAAUGGGAUGUGGAGAGAUUGCCUUGGAUGCUUCAAUGCACCUCCUCCAGUUGGGUGGCUGCAGCAGCACUGAGGUGUCCAUCAGGAGUAUUAUGGGGAUUCUGAAAAUGUCAGCAAGCUCCACGCCUUGCGCCCUCCAUCAUUGGACAUCUGCGCAUGAGAACUGUAGAGUCUCUCUGGCUGGCCCUCUGUCUGGGCUGGGGAGGGGGAUUGGACCUGUGAGUAUCCCCGGUAGAUUUCAAUAUAUUAAAGUAUUUUUAGAAGGCAGGCUUGGCAUGUAUUGGUCUGUAGUACUGUGCAGUAAUGUGGUGAUACACUGUAAUAUGUCUGUAAUAUCAUAUCAAAUCCACCUGUCCUUACUUAACAUACUACAUUCAAGUGUUAAUGCCUGUCCCAUCCCAUCUUGAACUUCCUCCAGACUACUUUCUGCAUCACAGAAACCAUAUUCUAAUCUGAAGCAUGACUUUCUUGCAGGUGGUGACAAAAUCGUGGAUGUCAUUGAUGUUGCCAGGCAGGCAGACAGCAAAAUGAAACUUAGAGAGUUCAUCAAGUAUUACUACAAACCUUAUCGGCCAAAGGUGCUGAACGUGAUCAGUCUGGAGUUUUCAGACACCAAGUAAGUAUUGGUUGCUUUUCGCUAUUAACAAGUAUAUCCUGCUGCUGCUUUGAUCAUUGUAUAAUUUGGAUUCACUUACGAAUUUCUGGGAUUCACUAAAUAUUCACCAUUAGAAUUGUAAUAUUUGUAGCUAAAAGCGCUAUUCACUAGUUUGGAACCAAAUCUCUAUUUGUUAUGUAAAUGGCAUGUUAUAGAAGGGUCCAGCCACUUUUUUUUGUUGCUAUUUUACUUGGUUUUGAGAAACUAUCCCCACCCGCAAUAGACUAACUCAUUGCUCGUUCCGCAGUAUGGGAUUCGAACAUGAACAAAGGCUCCAAAAUCACCCAAAUACGUCCUUUUAGAAACGACAAAACUUUCAGCAUAGUGAUGCAGGUCUAUAGAUGUUGUACACAUGAAAUUGUGUAAUUCCAAACUUUAUAUUCCAUUUUGUGCGACUCAAGCGGUUUCCUUCCAGUUGUGCUGCGCGGGCUACACAGAGAAGCAGCACAGCUGGUAGAAGAAACCACUCUAAAACGGCAAAGAGGUGGGGAGAAAUGUGUUAUUUUAAAUGAAUCUCCUUGGUUAAUGCCUGGUUGAUUGGUGAACAGUGAUGGGUAGAUAUGAAGGUGUGUAACGUGACAAACAAUUCUGCCUUAUUAGAGCGCAGUAAUACUCCAUUGUCCUCCCGAGUGGCGCAGUGGUCUAAGGCACUGCAUUGCAGUGCUAGCUGUGCCACUAGAGAUCCUGGUUCGAAUCCAGGCUCUGUCGUAGCCGGCCGCGACCGGGAGACCCAUGGGGCGGCGCACAAUUUGCCCAGCGUCGUCCAGGGUAGGGGAGGGAAUGGCCGGCUGGGAUGUAGCUCAGUUGGUAGAGCAUGGCAUUUGUAAUGCCAGGGUUGUGGGUUCGAUUCCAGUAUAAAAAAAUUAAAAUGUAUGCACUCACUAACUGUAAGUCGCUCUGGAUAAGAGCGUCUGCUAAAUGACUAAAAUGUAAAUGUAAAAUGAAAGAUGAGUAGCGUACAAACGACUGCCUUACUGGUAGAACUUCCCUAAACACUCCUUUGUAUCCUCUUAGGAUGGCAGAGCUGGUGGUGGUGCCUGAUAUCGCUCAGAAGAUGUCUUGGGUGGAGAACUACUGGCCAGAUGACUCCUUCUUCCCCAAGCCCUUUGUCCAGAAGUACUGCCUGAUGGGGGUGAAGGACAGCUACACAGACUUCCACAUAGAUUUCGGAGGCACAUCCGUGUGGUACCACGUACUCUGGGUAAGCUGGGGAAUUGCUGUGCUCAGCAUGUCUUAUAUCUUCACAGACAGUGCUAUGGUUAGGCACCAGAGUUGUUUUGAAUCUUCAAGGCGUUUUGCGUUGGCUAUGUAGUCUGACAGCCCAACUUCAAUAACCACAUGCUUCUCCUGAGGUUUGUCACCCCUCAAGCGUUUUACUGUAGCAACACUGACUACAUGCUGGGUCUUGUUCAUUUGCCUUCCUCUGAAAAUCUUCCCCUCCAAUACGCUUCUGUAAAUUGUUUUAUAUUAUUAAUAAUUCCAUUGCACCGGAAUAAUGUUCUCCUAAUUUUUCAUCUCUGUCCUGAAGGGAGAGAAGAUUUUCUACUUGAUCAAGCCGACCCAGGCUAAUCUUGCACUAUACGAGGCGUGGAGUUCGUCCCCCAACCAGAGCGAGGUGUUCUUUGGGGACAAGGUGGACAAGUGCUACAAGUGUGUGGUGCCGCAAGGAACCACUGUCCUCAUCCCCACAGGUUAGGAGAAGCAAUGGUCUCCUUUUCCCACCACAGGACUAAGUCUGAGUUUUUAAUUUUUUUAUAAGGAACUAGUUCAAAGGGCUCAAGUUGCUCUACUGUUGCAACAUUCCUUGUAUACAGCACUAUAUUUCCAAAGCUCUGCUGCAGACACACAAGGGCAUUCAAAAACACAAGAGCUAUAAAGAGCCAUAGAGCUGCUUUUCCAUUUAGCACUGAGCGGAGCAGCUAGCCUUUGAUGGCGUCUCACAGGAAGACCUGUGUUAUUUGUUUCUUCCACUGUGAGCUCUGAAGGGCCUGAGUGGACCACCUCUGUCACCGUGGACACCAGCACCACAUGACACCAUCCUUCCGCCCACUGUUGUUCACAGAACUUUCCUACAUCAUCAUAUGGUCCUUCGAUUACAUGGCAAGUCAAAUAGGUGAUGACACGCCCAAAAUUAAUUGAUGCAAGUAAAAGGGAAUAUUUUAUUAUUUGAUCCAGUUUCUCUAGCCACAGGGUGGAGAAGCUUUUUUCACACAGCUUCCCACACGGCUGCUUUUCCCAGUUGGAGGGCUGGGGAUGUGAAAGCUCUCUGGGCUGAUGAUGCUAGCAGACACUGAGAGCGUGAGAUUCUUAGUGGCUCCCUACUGGGAGAGAUCCCUGGCCCAGUUCCAUAUUUGGUUACACACACACACACACACAGGCCCUCAGUACAUAAACACACAAAACCACCAUUCCCCAGGGAAAAUGUUAUAUGUUUCUGAGUGCCGACACAAAUACAACAUAUCUGUGUCGAUCUCCUGAUGUUCGAAAAUGAACGUUCAUUUUUAGGUAAAGAGAAUUUGAGAGAAUUUUAACUAUGGCACAAUGCUCCAUCAGCAUGGGCCCACCUGCUUUUGGAUGAAUGUGCAAAUUAUGGUUUCAUGAACUGCAUUCACAGGCCUCCUGCUGUAACAUAAAUACCGUUUCUGAAAUGGUUUAUUGCGGGAAGCCAAAGGCCCCCUGGCAGGGAAGGUCACACGGUUGGGCUCUUGAUGGCUGGUAUGUAGGAGACCGGCAGGGGAUGAGAGAGAACCCCAACCGGUAUCAGCCAUCCAUAUAAUCACUUGAGCGGCUCCCAUCAUCUCUCUGCUGGGGCCACAGCAGCUCUCGGUGCACCCUCCAUGACCGCGCAUUUAUAAUGUUUAGGGCCCACCAGCCCAGCAUUGUCACGCCUCUUUGGAUGCGCUGCUGCAACGUGGAAGGUUUUUCAACCAUUUCCUAAACCCUUUGAUGUGUCUGAAACAUACAGCUGGAAAACAAGAAUUCCAAAAUGUUCCAAAUGAAAUGUUUGAUUUAUUGCAUGUUUGUCUUCUGCCUGCUACUGGCCUUUUGCUCCACAUCUGUGGGUCAGCUGUUGAUGUGGUCUAUCCUCCUCUGUGUUCCCCAGGAUGGAUCCAUGCUGUUCUCACCUCUCAGGAUUGCAUGGCGUUCGGAGGGAACUUCCUCCACAACCUCAACAUAGGCAUGCAGCUCAGGUGAGCACCUGGAAAACCCUCUGUCCUCUGCUCAUUCUGUUGCCUUUCUUUCCUUGUAAAGUAAUAACAUUGAUGAAAUGAAUGGCUAAAAACACAGCUCUUCUGCGCUUUUUAAUGGCCAGCAAUGAAGUAGUGGUUUGACUGUGAUGGGUCUCAGCACUGUGGAGCUGUGUGUGUUUGACCUCCAUUGCUGCAUCCUCAACUACAGGUGUUAUGAGAUGGAGCGGCGGUUGAAGACUCCUGACCUGUUCAAAUUCCCUUACUUUGAGGCCAUCUGCUGGUAUGUGGCAAAUAAUCUACUGGAGACUCUAAAAGGUGAGAGAAAUACAACUUGGAGGAAGAAUUUGUUGCUGUUUUGGUGAUGUCCCCUUUGGUAACUUUCUGUACCUUUUUGACAUCCUUCUCAUAUGAUUCCUGGCUUCUCAGAGUUACGAGAGGAUAACUGCCAGCCCCCAGCCUACCUGACAGGAGUGAAAGCCUUGAUUACUGCACUGAAGAACUGGCUAAAACGAGAGGUAAGAUACUACAGGAAACCAGAUUGUAGAUUCCAAAUCAGCUUCUUUUGUCUGUGUAACAUCUGACUACAGAAUAGGACGUUUGGUCACAUUCUCUACAUUCUAAUGUAAUCUACAUUGGGCUCCUUCUAUAAAGGUCAGUGGUGGGCAGGUUGUAUCCAGUGUGGUGGUAUGACUAUGACCUGGCUGGGAAACUGUAACCACCAUCUGCAGACAGACGGGACAAGCCCUCAUUGUCCCCCUGCUCUCUGCCUCUCCUCAGGUCACAGAGCCGGCCAGCGAGGUCCCGGACCAUAUCAGACCCAACCAUCUAAUUAAAGAACUCACAAAGGAAAUCCGCUACCUGGAGGUAAGGCCUUGCGUUGUGACGGGGCUGGGAGCGAGGGCCUCAAGCUGUUACGUGACGACUUGGAGCUGGUUCUAAACAUUUGUGCUCAGAGUAAAAGUUGGCUGACCCUCAUUCUUUUUUUCCCUUUUUCUCUUUUAUAAGUACCAGGUCAAAAGCAUUGUGUUUCUUUCAAGCUGGGUAUUACAGCGUUGGGGUUCUGUACUGACUAGGAUCUCUUCUUAACCACAGGAGGAGCAGCAGAGUGGCGCUGGAGGUAGCAAGCCAAUGAAAUCUCAGGGAAGUGGAGCAUGCCCGCUGACGCGGUCGACUCUGGACAGGGCUAGCCAUCAUGCUCGCCGGACAGCCAGACGGCUACGGCACCACCACCACCAUCAUCACCAUGCGCCCAAGACUCCCUCCAACCUGGAGAUCCUGGAGCUGCACACGCGACAGGUGCUCAAGAGGCUGGAGGUGGGACCCUUUGAGGAGGUGAGGGCAUUGACACACUACCAUCUCCCCCAUGCUGCUUGGUCUAACCCAAUGUGCAACUGUAGUCCUCGUGGAUUAUCCAUGUCUUGGAGGAUGUUACUCAUAGACUGAGACUAGGUUAAUUAUAAACCUUUGUUAAAGUAAAUCUCUAUGCCCUUUUCGCAGGAUGCCCCAUUCAGCUCCACAGUGACGGCAAAGUUCAACAAGGCAUCUGUGGCGUCGGCUGCAGCUGUGGAACGGAGCCUGGACAACAACCUCCGUCUGGUGAUGUGCAACGGCCGGAUUAUCAGGUGAGCCGGAAGAACCCCCCCACCCCCCGGCACCCUUGGCCCCCAGGCUGCCUGUGACCUUUUCAGGGAAGACGUCAAGGAUCUGGAGCCUGGGUUAAUGGUUCCUCAGUCAUGCAUCACCUCCCAACAGGUAGAGCAGUGACUCGCUCUCAACUCCCCACCCAACACCUCUGGUUGGCUUUGAUUGGCUUUGACAAUGCUCAAGUUACUGGCUGAAGUGGUUACAUAUUACAACUCAGAGCUGGUGUUGUACAGCUUAAACAUGUUCGGAUGGACCACCUGCACCAUGCAAUCUUUACAUGUUUCAACUCACCACUUACAUCAAACUUUAGCCUAAAUAAAAUGAAGUAAGAUGGCUUUCAGUGCCAAAUUAUGUGGUUUGCCUCCAGGCUUUUUCUCCCCUUCUUACUAGUGUGUGUAUGUGUGCACAGAGAUGAGCGUUGUCACACCAGGGUGAAGAGUAGUCCGGUGCAGGACGGUGAGAGGACUGGUGACCACCAUUGGGAAGGGGUCCUGGUGAAAACAGAAAUCAAUGACAACAAGCAGGAACAGCACAGAGACCCAGAGAGAGGGGAGAAACCUAGCCCUCUCAGCAGUGAGUCUAACUGGUCAAGUCACCGGCUGUCAAUCAACGGUUUAGGUAGGCUCAUCUUUGAAUGCCAGAGAAUUUCACUUAAAAAUUCUGUUGCAGAGAUAUUUAAUGAAUCCUUCUCUUUUUCCUCCUCAGAGUUUUUCAAAAGAGUGAAUUCCGAUCUCAGGAAAGGAGCCACGGUAUACUCAGACAUCUCAGACUCUGAGUCCGAAGUGCGUUGCACUGUACAGGUAACUAAUCCCACUUCCUCCCCAAAGGGCCCUGUCUCUCCUUCACACAGAGGUAGAGUUUAAGUUAAAGGCUGACACAUCUUUGUGACUUGUGCAGAAAAGGGAUUCCUCUGGGAAGGAUUCAGGGAGCUCAGAAGAGGAUGAGGAGGAUAAGGAGCAGUGCAGGACAGAGCGAGGCACAGGCAGUGUGACAGACCUGCACCAGGCCAGCCAGGCCCUCAGCCACCACCACAAACCACUCAAAGGGUACGGGAAGCAUGGAUAAAUGGACAAAGUGGCAUUCUUGUUCUAAGUAUUCUGUAUGCUUCAAUUCAAUAGAAAUCCAAUGGGGGACAUUAGUAUUACAUUAGCCACAGUGGCUGAAGAGUCAUGCAUGAAUCAUUCAUUAUCCAGUUGAGUUAAGAGAUUAAUUAAGUUGUUCCUUUACUCGCUUGCCUUUUGUAGAGAACAUCCUACCUCGCCAACCACAGAAGAAGAGGCUAUUGAGGGCAUGCUGUCAAUGGCAGGGCUGCUGUAUCCUCAGCGACCAGAGGAGAGUAGCACUGCCCAGGAGCCCUGGUGGUCCAGCCCAGCCCAUCGCUCCUCUGACAGUGGUACACUCCAGUCCUGAAAUUCUUAUAAACACCAAGAUUUAAUUAAGACCCUAAUUCAAUCAAUUUCAGAUAACUUAAACUUUCGCUGUCGUUGUCCUGUAGGUGAAAGAGAGCCUGCGUCAGGGGAGGAGAGCCAGGAUUCAGACAGCAACUCCACAUUGAGCCUUCAGGUAAUGAUAAUAGCCAAGGAUUAAUGGGUCAUGCCUGCACAUGCUGCGGCCGACAUCUCUUAAGACUGACGUCUCUAUUUUGAGAGGACAUCAGAAUCACUCACUCUGUAUUUGAAUGACUAAUCUUCCUCUAGGUAACAAGUUGGAAUCCAAUGUAAAGUAAUAAUGUCUCCCUUUCCUUUAGGAUGAGCGGAGGGCCCAGCAGCAUGUGCGUAAGGAGUGUCGAGCUGAACUCAGCCAGAGGAUCCAGGAGAACAAGAACUUCAUGGACAGUCAGAGCAGUGGGAGUAACAGCAGUGAGGCCUGGGGGGACCAGAGCCCCUCUAGGGCUGCCUCUAGCCUCCUCUGCCUGGACCCCAGCUCAGGGACUGAUUACCAGUACUGUGAGACCACUCUGUCAUCCUCCCUGCACCCCUCCAAGAGGUCCGCCCCAAACACCCCACCCAUCAGUAAUCAAGCGACUAAAGGUUUGACUCCACUUUUACCUAGUUAAUCUAUAGUAGCUGAAAUUAGUGUAGCAAUAUUCCUCUCUCUCAUCCUUUUGUUGUUGAUCUCUGUGCAAUGUUUCUUCUUCUCAGGAAAACGUCCUAAGAAAGGUAUGGCCACCGCCAAGCAGAGACUGGGGAAGAUUCUCAAGCUGAGCAGGAACAACCACUUUUUGCUAUAG